CCUCCGCUAUCGCCAAUCCACUCAUGACACCAUCACCAAUCCGACAAAUACCCCUCCACCACCUGUUUUACUCUCUGCAUGCAGAAGUACUAUUGGUAUUGACCCCAUCCUUUUCCUACCCAUGUCCACGUUUGAUCGCAGUCGCCUUCUUCGAUGGCGCAUGGGAUGGCUUCCCGCUCGCCCGAUUGGCUGUAACAAAUGUGAAGCUGCACAUGCCUCUCGCCAACACCUCAUCUCUUGCCUUGAUGUUGCUAAUCGUCUCAACAUCCCUCCAGAGGUCAAACCUAACCCGAUCGAUUACUUCCUCAACACUUAUCUCCCAACAUACAAACCUUCGAUCGAGCCUCAUGAACGCAUACAACCGCUGUCACCUUUACGAAAACACCUGGUCACUUACUGGCCGACCCUGUGCCAAAUCAUGCUCUACUCCAGUGGUAUACGCCGACAGUUUCUGAUCACCAAUGACCUCAUCCAUAUAUACCUCAAUAAAAAUACAAAAAAAAGCAAAAAACCGGAUAAAC